AUGAUGAGCAUGGAGCCGCGCUACGCGAGCGAGGUGGAGGCGGCCGCGCAGCAGAUCGCGCGGCUCAAGAGGCGCUUCGCGCGUCGCCAGGCGCGGCGACGGGAGCUUUUCCCCAGGCGGGAUGCGCGGGAUGCGGGCCGGGAGGAGGAGAAGGAUGACAGGGAGGGCACCAGGCGGGAGGGGGCCCCGGAGAGCGGGGACGGGCGGGAGGGCGCCCAGGCGGCGAUCAGGAAGAUCGUCGCAGCAUGCCUGCUGGAUCCGGGGACCAAGACGCCGAUCGACUCGCAGGGCCUGCACAGGAAGCUCUCACGUGGGCCCCAGGGUACAGCAUAUGAGGCAGCCCUGGCUUCCUGCAAGUUGACUUCCAUCGACCAGGUCAUACAGGAAUUGGCUGCAGCUCAGCCACCUUACAUGGAAGCCGAGCGCUUCGAUGUGAGCAAUAUGCCAAGAAUGAUGAUCCUCAGCUUGGACAAGGCACGCUUGGCCAGCCUUGUUCGCCUGACGGAGAAGCGGCCACAUAGCCAGUCGCCCUCCCCACCUGCCCCCCAGCCGUCCCCUCCUCCAAGGGACCUGUUCUCUGGGCCAGACGUCCACAGGGGCCACUUUCCGCCAAGGGGUCCUGUGGGCCCAGGUCCUCUGGGCGAGGGGGGGCGAGGGCAGCCCCCACCUCGGUUCCCACCACUGCCCCCAUUCCUGGGUGGUGACAGGAUGGAGCCUGGGGAUGGGAGCAAGCCCGGCCCUGACCUGGAGGCCCUGCUGUCGCACAAAUCUGUGAAAGACAGGCAGAAGCGAGAAAAAGGCGAGGAGUUGAUCGAAUUGAUUCAGAAGCGCACCGCCAAGGAGAGUGCGACCGUGGAGAAGUUUCAAACAGGUGGUGCGGCAGUGCGGGAAUUCUGUCCCAACUUGACGAAAGACGAGUGCAGGAGGAAGAACCGCUCCAUGGUUGCUUGCCCGCGUCUGCAUUUCCGCCGCCUGAUCUUCCCAUGGACAGAUGCCAGUCUGGGAAACUGCUCCUAUCUGGACACCUGCCGCAAUAUCAGCACCUGCAAGUACAUGCACUAUGAGCUGGACCCAGAGCCCGAUGCCCUUACGCCGGAGCACAUGCAGGCGCUCUCAAAGCCACCCCCCACCAUUCCGAAGUACCUGCAGGCCCUUCCAGAGCCCCAGUGGGUGAAUUGCGAUGUGAGGACGUUCGACAUGACGGUUCUUGGCAAGUUUGGUGUCAUCAUGGCCGACCCCCCCUGGGAGAUCCAUCAGGACCUGCCAUAUGGUACCAUGCAGGAUGAUGAGAUGCGGCGGCUCAACAUCGGCUGCCUGCAGGAAGAUGGUGUCAUCUUCCUGUGGGUCACUGGCCGUGCCAUGGAGCUGGGGCGGGAGUGCCUGGAGAUAUGGGGCUACAAGCGCGUGGAUGAAUUGGUGUGGGUAAAAACCAACCAGCUGCAGCGCCUCAUCCGAACCGGCAGGACAGGCCACUGGCUGAACCACUCCAAGGAGCACUGCCUGCUGGGAUACAAAGGCGACCCGGCCAUCAACCGAUUUGUGGAUUGCGACGUGGUUGUUGCGGAGGUGAGGGAGACGUCCCGCAAGCCUGACGAAAUGUAUUCCCUGCUGGAGCGGCUGAGCCCGGGAACUCGAAAACUGGAGAUCUUCGCACGCGCGCACAACCUGCAGCCAGGCUGGGUAUCACUUGGAAACCAGCUGGAUAGCGUGUGUAUAAAGGACCCAGAGAUGAAGGCGAGGUACGACGCUGCGUGCGGAAAAAAAACGCCUUCCAAGGAGAAGCCCAAGGGCGAUGAUAAGUAG